AUGGCCCUGCCAUUCAAUGUUGGUGACGCGCGAUAUGUUCUCAGCCUGAAACCUCAAUGGAUAUCCUUCCCGGGUACCGAGAGGGAAAGACGAGACGUCGCGGCGGCUUUCCAAGAAAUAUAUGGCUUGCCUGAUUUGUUGGGAACUAUCGACUGUACCCACGUCUCGAUCUUUCCUCCUCCUCGACCGCGCGGCCUGCAGUUCAUCAACCGGAAAGGAAAACAUACCCUCAAUGUGCAAUUGAUCGCUGAUGUAAACUACAGGUUGCUGCACGUAAAUGCGCAGUACCCGGGAAGACUACACGACCAAUUCAUUUUUAACCACUCUGUGGUGAAAAAUGAAUUGCGCCGGCUAUACGAUCUUAGAAUCGGAUCGUAUUAUCUGCUGGGAGAUUCAGGUUACGGACUGGAGCCAUGGCUUAUGACUCCAGUCCUUAACGCUGCACCGGGGUCCGCGGAGGAGCGGUACACCGCAUGGCACUGCCAGGUCCGCAACAUCAUCGAGCGGACCAAUGGCUAUUUGAAGGGGUCACUGCGGUGCUUGGGUUUGGACCGGUCUCUACAUUAUAGCCCUGAAAAGUCCUGCCGCCUUAUCUAUGCGUGUUGUACCAUUUACAACAUAAUGAAACAUUUUAGGGUGGAAAUUGACGAACCGUUGGAAGAACCCGUCCAACAACACAGGCCGGAGCCAGUACCACAGGCGGCACUUUAUCAGGCCGCUAUGAACAAAAGAAAUCAACUCAUCUUUACUUACUUUAAUUAAGAUUAUUUAACUUUUAGAAUUAUAUUUUCAUGUUGAUUUUAA